UUAUGCAAAAUAUCGUCAAGAUAAUUACUGUAUAGGGCAGAAACUGCCAUAAAAUGCCAUAUAACUCUGACUGCUAAAUCUCCACCCUUCCUUCCUUAUCACACUACCAUCAUCCUCUAUAUCUCGUGCUCUCUCCCUAUUCCUUCAAUUUCAACCUAUCCAGUGGUGAAAUUCUCUUCAUUAUCCCCUCUCUGAAAUCCCUCAAUACACUUCUCUUUUCCAUACUUGCAUACAUACCCUCUACAUACCUGAUACCUGGCUCUGGGUUCUACUCUGUUUUUGAUGAUGUCUCCUUUUUCGCUUAUUUAAUGCAGCAUUAAAGACCCGUUUCUAUCAAUUCUCCGAAUCUUUUUUCUCUUUGCUAUAUAUCUGGCAUAGUUGAGAGCUUGGAGUUCAUCGAACUGAAGCUGCAAAUGGCACCUAAGAAUGGUCGUGGAAAGACGAAAGGCGAUAAGAAGAAGAAAGAAGAAAAGGUUCUUCCAGUUGUUUUGGAUGUAACGGUAAACCUCCCCGACGAGACUCAUGUUGUUUUGAAGGGGAUAUCGACAGACAGGAUCAUUGACAUUCGUCGACUAUUAUCUGUGAACACAAUGACUUGUAGUAUCACCAAUUUUUCAUUGUCCCACGAGAUAAGGGGGCCGCAGUUAAAAGAUACGGUGGACGUUGCCGCACUCAAGCCGUGCCUCCUCACUCUAGUAGAAGAGGACUACGACGAGAAGAGCGCGACGGCGCACGUUAGAAGGUUGCUGGACAUAGUGGCCUGCACGACGAGCUUCGGUCCGUCGGCGAUCAAGGACUCCAAGGCCGAGUCCUGCAAGAAUGCGCGGGGUGCGCAUGAUAUCAAGACCGGAAAGAAGUCGGGGAAAUCUGCGGCGAACAACAAGCAGUCAUCAUCGCCGCCUCAGUCGCCGUCGCCCCAAGCUUCGAAAGAUGCGUCGGUGGAAGGAGAGGGAGAGAUAAGCAACUCUUGCCCUAGACUUGGUAGCUUCUACGAGUUCUUUUCUCUCUCUCAUCUCACGCCUCCACUCCAAUUCAUAAGGAGAUCAUCAAGAGAACACGAUGAUGAGAUUUUGGCGGACGAUCAUCUUUUCUCACUUGAAGUAAAGCUUUGCAAUGGAAAGCUGGUUUUUGUUGAAGCUUGCAGAAAAGGAUUCUGUAGUGUUGGGAAGCAGCAGAUACUUUGUCACAGUCUUGUUGAUUUGUUGCGACAACUCAGUAGAGCUUUUGAUAAUGCCUAUGAUGAUCUCAUGAAAGCAUUCUCAGAACGAAACAAGUUUGGCAAUCUUCCUUAUGGAUUCAGAGCCAACACCUGGCUCAUCCCUCCUGUUGCAGCGCAGUCACCAUCAAUAUUUCCUCCUCUCCCUGUGGAGGAUGAAGCUUGGGGAGGAAAUGGGGGUGGCCUGGGAAGAGAUGGCAAAAGUGAUUUAUUGCCUUGGGGUAAUGAGUUUUUGUCUCUUUCAUCCAUGCCUUGCAAGACAGCAGAGGACAGGCAGAUCCGAGAUAGAAAAGUUUUCCUUCUUCACAGCCUAUUUGUAGAUGUUGCCAUUUUCAGAGCAAUUUCUGCUGUGCGUCAUGUAAUGGGAAAGUCCGAACUAACCCAUCCAUCCUUAAACAGUGAAAUUAUUUACAGUGAAAGAGUAGGGGACUUAAGUGUAAGUGUAAUGAAAGAUUCUACAAGUGCGAGUUGCAAAGUAGAUACUAAGAUAGAUGGAAUUCAAGCAAUUGGAUCAGAUCGAAAGAAUUUGGUAGAAAGAAACCUAUUGAAAGGAGUCACGGCAGAUGAAAAUACUGCUGCCCAGGACAUUGCUACUCUAGGUGUUAUUAAUGUGAGAUACGGUGGUUACAUUGCGGUAGUUAAAGUUGAGGGGAGAGAGGAUAUUCAAAUGGAUCAUCCAUUGGAUAGCUCUGAACUUCUUGAUCAGCCUGAAGGCGGUGCCAAUGCCCUCAAUAUCAACAGUUUAAGGUUGCUUCUCCACAAGAAAGUAGAUUCAGAACACAUUAAAGCAGUGCCUUGUUCUGAUACUUUGGAACGGGAAGAGAUCAAUUCUUCCCGAGCUUCUGUGGAGAGACUAUUGGAAGAAAGUCUAGCUAAGCUUCAGGAGGAGGAGUUAGAAGGGGACAUUUUUGUGAGGUGGGAACUUGGAGCCUGCUGGAUACAACAUUUGCAAGAUCAAAAAAACGCAGAGAAGGAUAAGAAGCCAUCUAGUGAGAAGCCCAAAAAAGAGAUGAAGGUUGAGGGACUUGGAACACCUCUUAAAUCCCUUAAGAACAGCAAGAAGAAUUCGGAUGGAAGUAAUAUGAAACUACAAUCAGAGAACUCAAUGUCUGAUGCAGUUGUUGUCAACGGGGAAGCAGAAAAUGCCCCAUCUCUACAAGCUCAGCUAGAGACAACUGCUAAUGAAAAUGAACUUGUCCUAAAGGGGUUGUUGUCUGAUCCUGCUUUUACUCGUUUGAAAGAGUCAGAAACUGGUCUUCACCGCAAGUCGGUGCAAGAGCUGAUGGACUUGUCUCAGAUAUAUUACAAUGAAGUUGCUCUUCCGAAACUGGUUGCAGAUUUUGGUUCCUUGGAACUCUCACCAGUUGAUGGUCGGACUCUGACUGAUUUCAUGCAUACCAGAGGACUGCGGAUGUGCUCUCUGGGACAAGUGGUUAAGCUUUCAGAAAAGUUAUCACAUGUGCAAUCUCUCUGUAUCCAUGAGAUGAUAGUACGAGCUUUUAAGCACAUUCUGCAGGCGGUGAUUGCUGCUGCUAUUAGUGCACAGGAAAAGGCUCUGUCAAUUGCAGCUGCCUUAAAUCUGAUGCUUGGAGUCCCUGAAAAUGAGCAAUCAAACCAAUCAUGUAAUGUCCAUUCUCUAGUCUGGAAAUGGCUGGAAGUAUUUGUAAAGAAGAGAUAUGAAUGGGAUCUCAGCAGUUUAAACUACAAAGAUGUGAGGAAAUUUGCAAUUCUUCGUGGGUUGUGCCACAAGGUGGGUAUUGAGCUGGUUCCAAGGGACUAUGACAUGAAUUCCCCAGAGCCUUUCCGGAAAGUAGACAUUGUCAGUCUAGUACCGGUGCAUAAGCAAGCAGCUUGCUCAUCUGCAGAUGGACGGCAGCUCUUGGAAUCAUCAAAAACAGCAUUGGAUAAGGGAAAACUUGAAGAUGCAGUCAGUUAUGGGGCAAAGGCUCUUGCAAAGCUGGUAGCAGUUUGUGGUCCUUACCAUCGAAUGACAGCCGGAGCUUAUAGCCUUCUUGCUGUAGUUUUGUAUCAUACGGGAGACUUCAAUCAGGCCACAAUUUAUCAGCAAAAAGCAUUGGAUAUUAACGAGAGAGAAUUAGGUCUUGAUCAUCCGGACACAAUGAAGAGUUAUGGGGAUCUGGCUGUGUUCUAUUACAGACUUCAGCAUACAGAGCUAGCUCUUAAAUACGUGAAGCGUGCUCUCUAUCUGUUACAUCUCACAUGUGGACCAUCACAUCCGAAUACUGCUGCAACAUACAUCAACGUGGCUAUGAUGGAGGAAGGCCUGGGAAAUGUGCAUAUUGCUCUCAGAUAUCUCCACAAAGCUCUGAAGUGUAACCAAAGGUUACUUGGCCCUGAUCAUAUUCAGACAGCCGCAAGUUACCAUGCCAUAGCAAUAGCACUCUCAUUGAUGGAAGCCUACCCUUUGAGUGUUCAGCAUGAACAGACAACCUUGCAAAUCCUCAGAGCUAAGUUGGGCCCAGAUGACCUCCGUACGCAGGAUGCUGCUGCUUGGCUUGAGUACUUUGAGUCCAAGGCUUUUGAGCAGCAAGAAGCUGCAAGGAAUGGGACUCGAAAGCCAGAUGCAUCCAUAGCCAGCAAAGGCCACUUAAGUGUCUCAGAUUUGCUCGACUAUAUUAAUCCAAAUCAUGAUGUCAAAGGCAAAGAUGCUGUGGCUAUAAAGAGAAAAGCCUACUUAGUGAAGGAGAAAUCUUACCAAAACUUCAGCAUUGCAAGUUCUGAGGUCCCUCCAAAAGAUGCCGCAAAAGAUGCUGAAGAUGGGACAACAAUUCCUGAACCCGAAUUUGAUGCAAAGAUGAACGAAGAAACCACCUCUCCACCAGAGUCCACCGAUCCUGUGGAUGAAGAAACUAUUGACAAACUGCCAGUUCAGUUCGAACAUCCUGUUGAGGAGGAAACUGCCACGGAAAAGCCAAUGGUUGCCAUUGAUAUUUUGUCUGAACCACAGGGUGAAGGAGAAGAUGGAUGGCAGUCAGUUCAAAGACCAAGAUCAGCUGGCUCAUAUGGGCGGCGGUUAAGACAGCGACGGGCAACUGUCACCAAGGUGUAUGGUUAUCAGAAAAAAGAUGUGGGUCCCGAAUCGAAUAAUGCUAGACCGAAGAGUAUCUAUCAGAAUACUAAGUAUUACCUGUUAAAGAAACGAACAGUGUCCCCAGGAAGUUAUGCCGAUUACCUCCCAAUGAAGGGUCCCUCCCCAACUACUAAAUUUGGGAGAAGAAUAGUGAAAGCAGUGACAUACAGAGUUAAGUCUGUAUCUUCAUCUACCAAAGAUGCUGAUGCAACAGAGGUCUCCAUAAAGGAAGGGGAGGCAUUGAGAUUACCUUUGGAACCCUGUCCGGUUUCUUCACCCAAGGAAAUUGGACAUAGAUUGCAGAGAAGUUCAAUAGUUAGUCUUGGAAAAUCUCCAUCGUACAAGGAAGUUGCGGUGGCCCCACCAGGUACUAUUCCUAUGCUGCAGGUUAGGGAGUCCCAGAAUGACGUUUCUGAAAACAAAGAGCUUGGUGUUGAAAAACAAGGAUUGGAUAUGGAUGGAUUGAAAGAAAACGCUGAAGAUUUAAUAGAAGCUAAAAGCAUAACAGACGAGAAAUUUGAAAAUUCUGUGAGAAAUCCUGUAGAUGAGUCUAGCGAUGGUGUUGAAGUUGUUAACAAGAAUGGAGAAAACUUAGCCACAGUAUCAGAGGCUGACAACAUAACAGGAGGGAAAUGUGAGAAUCAUGUAUUAAAUUCCAAAGAUGGCUCGAGUGGUCGAAUUGAAGUUGUUGAAAAGAAUGAAGAAACUAAGUCAAGCAAUGCGAUGUUGGAUAAAGAUUCUGAGAUUGUGUGUGGAAAUGUGGAAGUGGUUAAUUCUAGCUGUUUGGAGGUUAAUCAAGUGGAAGUUGUUGACAUGAAGGAAGAAACUAAGUCAAACAAAGUGCAAUUGCAUGAAGAUUCUGAGAAUGCAUCCACACGUACAGAAGUGGUUUAUUCUAGCUAUGCGGAGGUUGAUCAAGUGGUUCAGAAGAGCAUUGAAACCAAUGAAGUGCCAAAUUCAGUUGAUGCUCCCCGAGUUGAGCUCUGUGACCAUGAUGCAUCUAGCGUAACUUCCAAAUCUGACAAAAUUUUGGUUUCCACUUUGGAAGGAGUUGAGGAUUUAAAAGAAAGAUCCUCAGUUUCUUUUUCAGGCGACGCUCUGGAGUCCCCCAACAAAAAGUUGUCCGCUUCAGCUGCUCCAUUCAACCCAUCACAAGCCAUUGCGCGCCCAGCACCAGUGGCGAUGAACAUUACUCUCCCUUCUGGUCCUGGAGCUGCGGGCCCAUGGCCGUUGAACAUGACUUUUCACCCAGGGUCUCCUACUGUCUUAGCGACUGUUAAUCCAAUGUGCUCCUCCCCUCACCACCCAUACCCAUCACCUCCACCAACUACUCCAAACAUGAUACACUCGUUGCCAUUUUUGUACCCUACGUAUACUCAAGCCCAAGCCGUGACUACCACGACAUUCCCCAUGAGUAGUGGCGGCUCCUUUCACCCUAGUCAUUUUGCUUGGCAACGGAACAUGAACCCUCACGAAUACAUGGCUAGCCCUGUUUGGCCUGGGUUCCAUCGAGUGGAGUUCUCUGUCUCACCAACUGUUGUUGAGCCGUUUGCUGAUCCCAUUUUGGGGCCGAAGGAACACAUUGAUACUUCUGAAAGCUUGACUUUGGCUCCAAACCUGCCAGUGGACAUUACCGAUGGUGCCGAAAUUAAAAAAGAAUUGGAUCUUCCGGAAUCAGAGGUAGUGGAAAACGUAAAUGAGGUCGCUGCAAUUGAAUCCGCAAAUGAGAAGGAAGAUAAUGAUUCGAAUCCAUGUUUUGUGAGUCAUGGGAAUCAGCUGAAUCCUGUUAGCUCUGUCAGCGGAAAUUCUGGAAGCAGUUGCUGUAAUCAGGUGGCAAGACCACCUUGGCAAGUUGACAGCGAGAAAACCAUCAACAUUUUGAUUAGGGGGAAAAGAAACCGAAAGCAGACUCUGCGAAUGCCAAUAAGUUUGCUCAAGAGACCGUAUAGUUCUCAGCCUUUCAAAGUCAUACAUAGCAGAGUGGUCCGAGAGAACGAAGCUCUCAAGUCUACCAGUUUUUCUUCAAAUGGAAAUGGUACAGCUACUGCUGAGUAAGCAAAUUUUUGUUGCUCUUACUGGUUCAGAAUAGGGGAAUGACUUGGAGAAAAUGGAGAAUUCGUCCCUUUAUUGCUGACAAACAACUUAGUCGCACCUUGAAGUUUCCCGGUUCCACAGUCGAAAGUUCCUUGAUCAGUUACACCACUUCAUCAAAUAUUGCAGGUUUACAGCAGCAAAUUUGGUUUUUGGAAUUUGAAAGGCAUCUUUUUAGUCCAUGACAUAUUCUAGUUAGGAAGUUUUGACAUUCUGUUCAUGAGAAGAAAAACUGAAAACAAUGAGUUUUCUUUUAUUUCUGAUGAUUUAUUCGAUUUAACUGUAUACAAAUUGAGCACUUUCUUUCCUUUCAAUGCUUGUGGUUUAUAUAAUCCACCUGCAAGUUGACUCUGUUGUAGUAUUGGGUAUCGGUAGAAAUAUUUUGGCAAAA